UCUGUGUACCCUUGGCGCGAGCCUCGUUCGUAAAACCCUCUGGUUUUACAAGACGCGCGCAAAACGCUGAUUUGCAGGGGAGAAAGAGGAAGGAAGAAAAUGGCGAGGCACGGCAAGGAAGGCGAGCAAGAAGCGCGAGGCAUGGAGUCUCUCCACUUCCUGAAAUCCACUUCUCCUCCUUUCUUCCUCUCUCCGUCUCCUUCUCUCUCUGAAACAGCUCGCUCUGCAUCUAGCUCCCUCUUCUCUGCUCUCCUCCCUUCAUGCCCUAAAUCCCCUUUUGACCACCUCCUCGUCGACGGAUUCGACGCCGAGCAGAUCUGGCACCAGAUUGAUCUCCAGUCCCGGCCCCUUAUCUCCAAUCUCCGCCGCGAGAUCAAGCGGCUCGAGGCGAAUCCUGCAGAAAUCUCGAGGUUUCUCGGUGGGAACUCCCUUGAGAAUGCCAAACGGGAGGAAACCGAGGGAUUUUUGGAGAGGAAUGGAGGAGAAGAACGCCAUGGGAAGGGAGAUGGAGAUGAAGACGGUUCUGAUGAUGAAGAUGAGGAAAAUGAAGGUUUUGGUGAAGAGAAUGGUGGAACUGGUGAAGAGGAGGACGAGGAUGAGGAGGAGGAGGAGGACGAUGAGGGAGAUGAUGGCGGCGGCAGUGGUGGAAUUGAAGAUAGGUUUUUGAAGAUCAGGGAAUUGGAGGAGUUUUUGGAGAAGGAUGAGGCGAGGGAGUAUGGAUCAUCAAAAGAGAAGCGUGAGGAUCGAAGUGAGGAGGAUGAUGAUGAGGAUGAUGAAGAGGGUGAUGAAGAGGAGGACGCAGAUGGAGAGGAAGAUGAUGCAGAUGAGAUGGGAGGUUUCAAUAUUGAAGCCAGUGGAAAUGAUGGUGCUGAUAACUUAGAAAAUAUCAGAUAUGAAGACUUCUUUGGGGGUAAAAAGAAAAAAAGUUCAAAAAAGCUCAAGUCCUUCGAUGGAUCUGAAGAACUGAGCAUAGCCGAGAAACAAGAAGAUGAUAAAGGAACUCUUUCAACCCAUGAGAAAGAGCUUCAGAAGAUCCGCUCUACAAUUGAGCAGAUGGAGAAAGAGAACUUGGAAACUAAGGCCUGGACUAUGCAGGGAGAGGUAACCGCCAGUAAAAGGCCGAAGAACAGUGCACUUGAGGUUGAUCUGGAUUUUGAGCACAAUGUAAGACCACCUCCUGUGAUCACAGAAGAGGUUACAGCAUCACUUGAAGAAUUAAUUACAAAAAGGAUUAUUGAGGGGCAUUUUGAUGAUGUUCAAAGGGCUCCUAGUUUGCCGUCUAAAGCACCAAAAGAACUCAAAGAGCUGGAUGAGAACAAGAGCCAGAAGGGGCUUGCUGAAAUAUACGAGGAGGAAUAUGCACAAAAGACAGGUCUUGCUUCUGCCCCCUUGUCGUUUACGGAUGAACAAAAGAAAGAGGCAAGUCUGUUAUUCAAGAAGCUCUGUUUGAAGUUGGAUGCUCUAUCUCAUUUUCACUUCACCCCAAAACCGAUUAUUGAGGACAUGUCCAUACAAGCAAACGUCCCUGCCCUGGCAAUGGAAGAGAUUGCACCUCUGGCUGUAUCAGAUGCAGCCAUGUUGGCUCCUGAAGAGGUGUUUUCUGGCAAAGGAGAUAUCAAAGAGGAUGUGGAACUAACACAAGCAGAGAGGAAAAGGAGGAGAGCUAACAAGAAAAGGAAGUUCAAAGCUGAGACAGUUAAACGGAUGGCAGCAAAGAAGGCACGUCAGAAUCCGGCCCUUAAUGAUCAUUCCACUGGCAAGGAUGAUGAACUGUGAUACUUGAAAUUGAGGCGAAAUCAGCAAUUGCGAUACUUGAAAAUGAGAGGGGAAAGCAGCAAUUCGGCAAGAGCUCAGGCAAAUGAUGUCCCGGCAUUGGCAUACCGUGCUCUUUACUGGGAUUCAUAGACGAGUGAAAAAAACAAAAGAAAAGAAAAAGCAGAAGGGAAAGAGAGAGCGCUGGCAGCAGUCGAUUCUUAGGCCUGGAGAGAUUUUGUGCAAAUGGAUUGGAUUGGCUGAUUCUUUUGCUAGUUUCUACUUCUUCAGGCUCCACACCCCACCCUUUUGUAUUAUUAUUAUUAUUUUAUCAAACAAAUCUUAUAAAGAAUUUUGGCAGUUUAUUCA